AGUACAAUAUGGGUUUACUUGACUUGAUCGCACCAAAUGAUUUAAUCAUAUUUUGGGGUUGAAUUCUCAAGGAGAUUCGCAGGAAAUGACUACGACGUGGACAUGCUAAUAAAUGCAUCCUCAUAGUUCCGUGGGUGGGUGCGAGAGAGCAUUGUUAGAGAAUAGCGCGAUUACGCGAACAAACAACGUUUGCUGUAUUUCUAAGAGGGUUUUUUGGAAGUCAUUAUCAUGGGCUAGUUUGUUUUUAUUGUGCAUCGCCGUGGGAGAAAUACAAAAUAAAUGAACGGGAGGACAAUGAAAAAGAUUCGACAAAGGUCUGCCAGUCAGCCUAAUGUGUCGAUACAGCAUCAGCAUAUUAACAAGAUGCUACUCAAAGCCUCUAUUAACGUCGUACCAGAACAAUCUGACACACACGCAACGUCCGAACGCUACAAACUAUCGGUGGUUGGGGACGCAGAGAGCGGUAAGACGUCUCUUCUGAACGCACUGGUGAAGAGUGAUAUAGAGGUCGAGGAAACAGUCAUAUUUGAAGAAUGCGUGACGGAUGUGACUUCAGGGGAUAGUAAUCUUGAAUUCAUGCUGUGGGACAGUUCAGGACUUGAGAAUUAUGAGAGCAUUCGUCGCCAGAUGUACCUUGAUACCGAUGUGUUCCUGGUGUGCUUUGAUAUCGGCAACCCGUCCUCGCUACAAAGCGUCAUCGACAAGGUAAUGGGAAAAAUAAGGCGAAUUACUAAAAUACUGUUGUGCCUAUAUUAAGCGGCCCCUUUUCGCAGUGCCACUUUAUCUUCAGAAUGUUUGCACAUCCACCGUCACUCCUAGCGCGCGCCUCGUCUCUUCUUCCCCGACUCUUUAGGCUUGCAACGCAGGUUACUCCUCUCAUUGGGAUUUACAGCACCUUUCUCUGUUUCCACUGUGGGCAACAGAGCUGCAGGAGGCUUGUCUGAUUGGUUGUAGGAAUUGCUACGCUGCCCUCGACUGAAAGCA